AUGAAUGGCACACAUGGCUCCAAAACCAUCCUCGUUACAGGAGUAAGCAAAGAAUUUGACACAGUCAUCAAUGGUCCAUCACUUACCAGUAAUCAGUGCGCAGGGUUUCUGGGAUCGAACCUGGUCGACUUUCUCCUGGAGAAAGGUCAUCGUGUGAUAGGUGUGGAUAGCUUCGAGACUGGAUCUCCUAGCAAUCUCAGACACCUCGACAACGACACUCGGUUCACUCUGAUCAACCACAACAUUCAAUCCCCUCUCAAAGAAUUACGUGAAAUCGAUCAGAUCUACAAUCUUGCAUGCCCGGCGAGUCCGAUACAGUAUCAGAAAAAUCCAUUAGGAACCCUGAAAACUUGCUUUCUUGGCACUGAGAAUAUCCUGGAACUUGCAAAGCGCAGAGGCAUUCGCAUACUACACACAAGCACAUCAGAGGUUUACGGCGAUCCUCAAGUUCAUCCGCAACCAGAAACCUACUGGGGCAAUGUCAACCCCUUCGGACCGCGCUCAUGCUACGACGAAGGAAAGCGAGUUGCGGAAGCUCUAUGUUACGCAUAUCGCGAGCAGUUCGGAGUGGAUAUCAGAAUAGCUCGCAUAUUCAACACCUAUGGGCCAAGAAUGGGCGCUGGUGAUGGCCGGGUGGUUUCAAGCUUUAUUGCUUCCGCGAUAGCCGAUCGAGAUAUACGAGUCACUGGCGAUGGUUCCGCAACUCGGUCAUUCCAGUUCAUUUCAGAUUGCAUCGAAGGACUCUAUAGGCUGAUGAACAGCGUUUAUGGUGACGGCCCAGUUAACAUUGGCAAUGACGCAGAAAUCACUAUUCAAAGGCUGGCGGAGAAAAUAGUAGAACUUGUUGCUAAGGUGACAGGCAAGGAAAAAGUAUCAAUCACGUAUCAUCCACGCCCCGUAGAUGAUACGCAAGUCCGACGGCCGCAGAUUGCAUUGGCGAUGGCCAGGCUUGGCUGGGCGCCAGUGGUGCAAUUGGAAUAUGGAUUGCAGAAAACGAUUGAGUGGCAUAUGCAUGAGGCUUGCUUGUCCUAG